AAGAUCAUUUCCGCCCUACUUUCAAAACUACGGCAGUCUUCUCCGGCCGAAGUAGAAAGUUCAAACACACACACACACACACACACACACACACACAGCGUUUCUCCUCUCCGGCGAAACUGAGCUCAAACUCCUCGAAUGGCUUUCUUUAACAAAGCUGGGAACAUUAUUCGGCAGGCUGUUAGCAAGCAACACAUCAAUCAUGAAAUAUCUGCAUCCAAGCCUUCAAUUUUUCAACUUAUUAGAUGCAUGUCUUCUUCAAAACUUUUUGUGGGAGGAAUCUCUUGGAACACGAAUGACCACACUCUCCAAGAAGCUUUCAGCAAGUAUGGAGAAGUCGUUGAAGCAAGAGUCAUUUAUGAUCGCGAAUCUGGAAGAUCUAGGGGAUUUGGCUUUGUUACUUUCAAUAGUGCUGAGGAUGCCAGCGCUGCUAUCCAGGCUUUGGACCAACAGGAGCUUGAUGGUCGUAGAAUUAGGGUGAAUGUAGCGAACGACAGGACAAGAGGAUAUGGAGGUGGUGGUGGAUUUGGUGGUGGUGGUAAUUAUGGAUCUGGUGGUUAUGGUGGAGGUGGUGGUGGUAAUUAUGGUGGUGGUGGUAAUUAUGGAUCUGGUGGUUAUGGUGGUGGUGGUAAUUAUGGAUCUGGUGGUGGUGGCGGCGGUAAUUAUGGAUCUGGUGGUUAUGGUGGUGGCGGCGGUGGUAAUUAUGGAGCUGGGGGUAAUUAUGGUUCCUCUGGUUAUGGUGGCACUGCAGGUGGUGUUGAUGCAAACAUUGCUAGCAAUUAUGGAAGCGGAGAAAACAGUUCUGACUUUGGGACAAGUGGCGGUGCGAACAACUUUUCAAGUGGUGACAGCUAUGCCAGUGGAAACACCGAAGCCGCGAGCAACAACUUCACUAGCAGCUUUGGCAACAAUGAUCAACUUGGCAACGACGCCACCAGCAACCAAGCUGAAACUGUUGAUGUUGAUAGCCCUGUUGAUGCAGGUGAAGAUUACAGAGAUGACAACAACGGCGAAUCCAGUGAAUAUGCAGACAGAAGAGCCUAAAGCAUUUGCUUCCGAAUGCUAUUUGAUAAAAAAGAAAAAUCGAUGGAAGACGGACACAUCUCUUCCUUCCGUUGUUUAGCAGUUCAUCUCUUUCAUAGUGUCUACUUUCGACUUCCGUUUUCUGUUAUGGAAUUGAGAUUUUGCUUUUAUUUAACCUCGAAUUUGGAUGCUUAAAUUGGCAGUAUAAGAGCCAACUUUGUGUUUGCUAAUUAAAAGUACUCCACACCUUUAGCUGUUUGAAA